AUGCACAUAGCUGGACUAUGUGAAUGUGUGUACAAAGUCUUCAUUACCGACUUUUCCCAUCCAGAGCUCCUUAGCGAGCUUCCUCAAUCCGUACCUGUUGAGAUGUUGGCCUUCGCGCCGGAAUUGGUUAUCACGACGGCACAGAGUGCCUCUUCCAGUGUAAUCAACGAUAACAUCAACAAGGUCAUCACCAUUUUGGAGACCAGCGCCGCCGCUCUGUGCGACACUUUUGUUACCCUCGCCCUGUGCGGCCGGCUAAGGAGGAAUCAUACGGGAAUUAAAUCCGCCCGCGAGUCCGUACAUACUAACAACGUCUCGAGCUUGCUCGCUUUUAAUCCUAGUACCGAGCUUUAUGUUCUUUCUGUCGUCGGAAGGUUAUAA